UCUUUCCUCUCUCACCAUCACCACUGCACAAAGAGGGGAGGGCCCCUUUCGCUGUUCCUCUCUAAUGGGUCAUAGCUUAUUUCUUUGUUAGUUCUCUGCUACUUUUCAAACCCUUUCUAUCUCUCAGUUGGCUUUGAGUGUUUGUUUGUUUGCUUGUUAGUUUGUUCUCCUAAGUGUGAUCAACUUGAUUUGGAAUCAUUUCCGGAGACCCUCUUAUCAGUUCUCAGCCCAAAUAAGCAUCUCAGUUCGCUUGUUUUUUAUCAUGCGAGAGACCCAAGUGUCUUCUCCAAAUACUUGAUUUCUCCAAUUUAUUUCAAGCGGAUCGAGCAUCUCAAUUCUCAGGAAUGGCAAAAGGAAGCGAAACAAUCAGAUGACAUGAAGGAUAAACCGGCAGUAUAGGGAUCCAAAAGGGGUCUCGUAUACUGCUAUUUUGUUAGGGGAAAAGAAAAGGUUUUACAAUCUAGAACUCCCAUGGACGCUGUCUUCCACCUCGAUGAAGCGUCCCGUUCUGAAUUUCUCCAAUUACUCAUGCAGUCUACCGGCUGCACAUACAUUUGCCUAUGGUCGUACCAGCAUCAAGCAAACUGUUUAGUUGGUUGGGACGGAUGUUACAAUGAAGUAAACGCCCCACCCGGAGCUUUGGGGCUCUUCGUCAAAUAUCGCCAAUUAAUAUUCACUCUUGGAAACGAUCAUGGCCUCGUUCCAGGAUUUGCUUUCAUGAAUAACAGGCCCUACAUUGAGCUAAGGGAAUUGGACCUUCAAAAUCGGGCAUCCGAUUGGACACAGCGGCAGUUUUUUCGGGAAGCAGGAAUUAAGACGGCUGUGUUCAUGGGAUGCAGGAGUGGAGAGAUUGAAUUAGGGUCGUCCAAUGUGGUACAUCUUAACAUGGAGAUGGAGAUGAGAAACUUUUUCCCAGAAGAUUUUUCAAGACAAUUAUGUCCGGCAGGAGAUCAGCUUCCCCAACCAACUGAUCCGAACAGGCCAUCUUCGUCUUCGUCAUCGUUAAGGUCACUGUCCACGGGUAGUCCAGACUCUUCUCUGAUAUUCACCAUCCCAACCGCAUCCCACCCCCAGCUUCCGACUGAAACAACACCCUCUUCAUUGCAACCAGUCUCUUCCUCAAUGAACGAUCCACACGAACAAGCCAUGCAAGCCUUGUCUCAAAUGCGGAGCAAUAUUCAGUUACCGACGCUAGAGAGCGAAAAUGCUGCAAUGACCAGAGCAAUCCUUGCUGUUCUAACGUCUCCUUCUUCUUCUUCCUCUUCAACAUCCCAACAUCCCCAACAAAGCCAAAAUUUGCCUUACAAUUACCAGCCAAACCCCAAAGCUAGUGCGUUUAAACGUUAUUCCUCCGUGUUAGGAGCCCCAACAACUCCGGUGAGGGCCAGUUUACGAGCUCGAAGUAUGCUGAAUCGAGCCAUUAUGUUUUAUAGAAAAUUCAAUUUAGCGAGGCGUGAACAACUGCUGCGAAGCCGCCCUACUAGCAAUCAGCUCCAUCAUAUGAUGUCAGAACGCAAAAGGCGAGAGAAGCUCAAUGAGAGUUUCCAUGCAUUGCGAUCGCUUCUUCCUUCUGGCACCAAGAAAGACAAAGCAUCGAUGCUCAUUAGUACGAGGGAGUACUUGACCUCAUUGAAAUCUCAAAUUGAGGAGCUGAGUCGGCGAAACCAGUUAUUAGAAGCUCAGCUUUUGCCUUCCAGAGAAGCCGCUGGUGGGGAAGUAAGUGGUUCAUCAAACGAGAGAUUAAAUGUUCGGAUUACGCCUGUAUCCGAAUCAACAUCUGAACAAAGACUUGUUGACCUGAGAGUCAGUGUUAGAGGAGAAAGGCCAAUGGUGGAUAUCUUAAUCCACCUGCUAGAAUUUUUGAAGCUCGACAGAAAUGUGAGCUUGAUGUCCAUUGAGGCUAACACCCAGAUAACUGAAUCAGGCUCAGUUAAUCAUGUUAACUUGAGACUCCGAAUUGAGGGCAAUGGAUGGGAUGAAUCCACCUUCCUGGAAGCAGUUAGGAGGCUAGUAGCUGACUUGGCACAGUGCUCUAAUAUAUAAUAUCUUUUUCUUAUAUUAAUCUCUCUAAUUAAAGUGGUCAGACCAAUUUAUUAUGCGGACAGCAGCUAUUUUCACUUGAUGGUGUGCUCAUCUUGUUUUUUUGUUUUUUCCCUCCCAUAUGAUCACAUCCAUUUGAUCUCCACCAUCAGAUGUUAAAAUAGUAAUCCAGUUAUAUGAGUGAUGUGUCGCAAUUUUGAUAGCAAAAGCUAACAAUUUUUCUGUAGUUGAUUUUAUAAAUGUAUGACUAAAUUGAUGUGUCGCCCAAAUUGACUGGAAUUUUGUUGAAGGAGGAGACUAUGAAAGCAACCUUUUUUUUUAAUUGAGCAAGAAAUCAUCCAUAAAUCCAAUAAUAAGACAUUGACAGAUGCAUUCAAAGUUGGUCCAAUGUAAAAAAAUAUUACUUUU